AUGGCGAGGUGGGCUUGGGUGCAAAUUCCCCUCCCCGCUCUGCUCCUGCAGGGCACUGUGACCUUUGAAGACGUGGCCGUGUACUUCUCCUGGGAGGAAUGGGGUCUCCUUGAUGAGGCUCAGAGAUGUCUGUACCACGAUGUGAUGCUGGAGAACUUGGCACUUAUAACCUCCCUGGGAAAGCACCAUAAGCAGCAAAUUGAAGAGAAACACUUCAGAAGCAACAUGGGCAGAGCCUCGCUUUUGGAGAAAUGCAAAUUCCAUAUGUCAGAGAAGCCCUUUACCUAUGAAGAAAUUAGGAAGGACUUCCUGGCCAACCCGGGCUUUCUCCCACAACAGGUCACUCACAUCAGGGAGAAGUCAAACAGUAGAACUGAGUGUGCGGUGGCCUUCCACAGUGUAAAAUGUCAUAACAGGGAAGACUGCAUGAAAGCUUUCAACCCCAAACACACAUUUGUUCAGCACCAGCAAUUCCUCAUGAGGGAAAGAUGUUACAGGUGUGGUGAAUGUGGAAAAUCCUUUAGCAAAAGCUGUAGCCCCCGUGACCAUUUGAGAGGUCACACUAGAGAAAAGCCUUAUAAAUGUGGGGAAUGUGGGAAAUCCUUUAGGCAAAGUUCUGGCCUCAUUCAACACCAGAGCGUUCACAAUGGACUAAGACCUCAUGAAUCUGAUGAAUGCAGAAAAUUAUUUAGCAAGAAAUACAACCUCAUUAUGCAUCGGAAAGUUCACACUGGUGAAAAGCCAUAUGACUGCAGUGAAUGUGGGAGAUUUUUUAGCUACAAAUCUAACCUCAUUACUCAUCAGAGAAUUCAUACUGGAACAAGGCCUUAUGAGUGCGGUGAAUGUGGGAAAUCCUUCAGCCACAUGUCCAACCUCAUUAAACACCAGAGAGUUCACACUGGAGAGAGGCCAUUUGAGUGUAGCGAAUGUGGGAAGUCCUUUAGCUGCAAAUCCUACCUCAUUACACAGUGGAGAAUUCACACUGGAGCAAGGCCUUAUGAUUGUGGGGAAUGUGGGAAAUCAUUUAGCCAUAGCUCCACGCUCCUUCAACACCAGAGAGUUCACACUAGGGAAAGGCCUUAUGAGUGCAGUGAAUGUGGGAAAUCGUUUUGCCACAGCUCUAGCCUCAUUAGACACCAGAGAAGUCACACUGGAGAAAGGCCUUAUGAAUGUGUGAGUGAGUGUCAGAAAUCCUUUAGUGACAGCUCUAGCCUCAUUAAGCACCAAAGAGUUCAUACUGGAGAAAGGCUUUAUGAAUGCAGUGAAUGUGGGAAAUCCUUUAGCCAGAGCUCUGACCUCAUUAAUCAUCAGAGAGAGCACACUAGAGAAAGACCUUAUGGGUGUAGUGAAUGUGGGAAAUUGUGGGAAUGUGGGAAUGUGGGAAAUCUAACCUCCUAA